UGUUCCCACGCGUUACCUCUGACCCCGGAUGUUCCCACGCGUUACCUUUGACCCCGGAUGUUCCCACGCGUUACCUUUGACCCCGGAUGUUCCCACGUGCAGCGUGAUGGAGGAGAGCAGCAGCAGCACGCGGAGGAGCGAGCAGGAGGAGGAGAUGGAGAAACAGACUGAGAAGACCGUGAAGAAGAGGAGCAAGGAGGAGGAGGAGGAGGAGGAGGAGGUCUUCACCUUCAACAAAAAAUGUACUGAGGAGGAGGAAGAUCUGUCAGACAGCGAGGACAGUGUCUUUUCAGGACUGGAAGAUUCUGGGAGUGACAGUGAGGAUGAUGAAGAGGACGAAGAGGAAGAAGAGGGAUCAGCAGAUGAAAAAGCUCAAAAUGCUGAAUAUCUGAAGGUGGAGCCAGAGCAGACUCCGCAGAUAAAGGAGGAGGAGGAGAAGAAGAAGGGAGCAGUGACAGAAGGAGAAGAAGAAAAGCAGGAAGACGAGUAUCAACACGACUCUUCAGAUGAAGAGGACAUCAGGAACACGGUGGGGAACAUUCCCAUGGAGUGGUACAAAGACUUCCCUCACAUUGGCUACAACCUGGAUGGGAAGAAGAUCUACAAACCAAUCAGGAACAAAGACGAGCUUGAUGACUUCCUGGACAAAAUGGAGGACCCGGAUUACUGGAGAACGGUCCACGACAAGCAGACAGGAAGUGACAUCGUGCUGUCAGAUGAGCAGGUGGAGCUGGUGAAUCGUCUGCAGAGAGGACAGUUUGGAGACGUAAACUUCAACGAGUACCAGCCUCAGGUGGAGUUCUUCAGUCAGGACGUGAUGCUCCACCCCGUCACCAACAGACCAGCAGACAAGCGCAGCUUCAUCCCGUCGCUCAUCGAGAAGGAGAAGGUGUCCAAACUGGUUCACGCCAUAAAGAUGGGCUGGAUCAAACCGCGGAGGACGGAGGACGCCAGCAGGGGGCGCUACUACGACCUGUGGGCCAACGAGGACUCGUCUAUUCUGGCCAGGCACAAGAUGCACCUGCCCGCUCCCAAAGCCCCUCUACCUGGGCACCAGGAGUCCUACAACCCCCCACCUGAGUACCUGUUCACCGACGAGGAGCAUGCUCUGUGGGAGCAGCAGGACGCCUCAGACAGGAAGUUGCCGUUUGUCCCCAGGAAGUUCUCCAGCCUCCGUCAGGUUCCUGCGUUUCCUCGGUUCCUCCAUGAGAGAUUUGAGCGCUGCCUGGACCUUUACCUGUGCCCCCGACAGAGGAAGAUGAGGGUGAACGUGAAUCCAGAGGAUCUGAUUCCCAAACUUCCCAAACCAAAAGACCUGCAGCCGUUUCCAACAACUCAGUCUCUGGUGUAUCGGGGUCACAGUGGUCUGGUUCGCUCCAUCAGUGUGUCUCCAUCAGGACAGUGGCUCGCCUCAGGUAGUGAUGACGGCUCCGUGAGGUUCUGGGAGGUGCGUUCGUCUCGCUGUAUGAGGACAGUCCCUGUGGGCGGAGCUGUGAAGAGCAUCGCCUGGAACCCCAACCCGCUGGUCUGUCUGCUAGCUGUCGCCCAGGGCUCGGUGGUGUUGAUCCUGUCUCCCUCUCUAGCAGACAGACAGGUUAUCUUGUCAACAGAGCGACUCCUCUCUGGUCAGCGGGAGGCGGAGUCCGUGGAGGAGGCGGGGCCUGUGAAGUGGAGCGAUGUGGAAGGGGAGGAGCUUAGCCAAGGGAUCCGCCUUAAGAUACAACACCCAAAAGCCGUCCACCAGGUGACGUGGCACGCUAAAGGAGAUUACCUGGCGUCGGUAAUGCCAGAUCACUCCAGCCACCUGCAAGUGUUCAUUCACCAGGUGAGCCGGAGGCGCAGCCAGAACCCCUUCAGGAAGAACAAAGGUCUGGUGCAGUGCGUAUCCUUCCACCCAGUCAGGCCCUACUUCUUCGUGGGGACGCAGCGCUCUGUUCGGAUCUACAACCUGGUGAAACAGGAAAUGACCAAAAAACUGCAGGCCAACUCCAAGUGGAUCUCCAGCAUGGCCGUCCAUCCCGGGGGUGAUCAUGUGAUCUGUGGGAGUUACGACUGCAGGCUGAGCUGGUUCGACCUCGACCUCUCAACCAAACCUUACAAGAUGUUACGACAUCACAAGAAAGCAGUGAGGGGCGUGGCCUAUCAUCGACUUUACCCGCUGUUUGCCUCGGCGUCCGACGACGGAUCUGUUAUCGUCUGUCAUGGGACUGUCUACAGUGACCUGCUGCAGAACCCAUUGAUCGUUCCGGUGAAGGUUCUCCGAGGUCAUGUUAUCACUCAUGACCUCGGCGUCCUGGAUGUGACCUUUCACCCCACUCAGCCCUGGAUCUUUUCCUCCGGAGCGGAUGGCACUAUUCGCCUCUUCACCUAGCUACCCACCUACCUACCCACCUACCUACCUACCUACCUAC